AUGUCGGUCGAUUCCAGCACCAUGGACCAGCUGCUCCAUGCCCACAGCAAUGGCUCCGCCGAUCGCAUAUCCAAGCCUUCCCCGCCGAGCCACAGCCAUAGCAUCAGCAGCGCCAGCGGCACCUCAGCUCUGAAUCCUCGCUCUUGCGUUACGUGCCGCCGCCGGAAAGUCAAGUGCGACAAGAAGCACCCGUGCACCAACUGCUCCAAAGCCCGCAUCGAAUGCAUCUUCCCUGCCCCGGGCCGCGCCCCGCGCAAGGCCCGCAAGCCGCCCGACGCCGAGCUCCUCGACCGCCUUCGCAAGCUGGAGGGCAUGGUCAAGACGCUUGGCGGAGUCGAAGACGGCAGUGCGCUGCCCGCCGAGGAAGAGAAGGCCCCAAAGCCGCCCAAGGAAGUGAGGCGCCAACCGCAAGUCUUUGUCGGCGUGAAGCCGCCCCACAACCCGGACAGCGAGGAGUGCGCCAAGUACAGAUACCUCCCGCCCGAAGACAAGACAAUCGCCGGGCUUGAGACGAGGUUUGGUAGGCUGGUCGUCGACGAAGGCAAGAGCCGGUACAUCAACAGCAGUUUCUGGGCCAGCUUGAACAACGAGGUAAAUGGCUUUGUCGCACAAGAACUAGGCGCGCUUGCUUACUCACUUUCCUCGCUCCAACAGGUCGAAGACAUCAAAGAGCUUCUCACCCACGACAGCGACGAUGAAGAAGACCACGCCUCGCCUGAGUCCUUCACGUCCAACGCUCAUCAGGGCUUUCUCUUCGGCUACAGCUCGACCAGCGUCGAUAUGCUGGCUUUACACCCCUCCGAAGAACAUGCCCAUCGGCUCUGGGCUCUGUUCAGGGAAAACGUGGAUCCGCUGGUCAAGGUUCUGCACAUUCCCACCAUCGAGCCCAAGAUCAAAUCUGCCAUCGAGAACAGGGACCACAUCCCGCGUAGCAUGGAGGCCCUGCUCUUCGCCAUCUAUUACGCCGUAGUCACCAGCACCUCCGAGGCCGACUGUGAAGAUCUCUUCAACGACACCAAGUUCAAUCUGCUUGCGAGGUUCCGAUUCGGCGUAGAGCAAGGGCUUGCACGCGCCAAUUUCCUCCAGACAGAUGAGUUCAUGGUUCUGCAGGCAUUCGUUAUCUUCUUGAUCUGUCUACGCCGCAACGAGCCCGCCCGGAUGAUAUGGACAUUAACAGGACUGGUUGUGCGCAUGGCCCAGACCCUUGGAAUCCACCGCGACGGCUCCCACUUCGGCCUUUCCCCCUUCGAAAUCGAGCUCCGCCGCCGUCUUUGGUGGCAGGUCUGCAUCCUCGACGCCCGAGCCAGUGAAGAUCACGGCUGCGAUCCCACCAUCGUCGAAGCUUCAUUCGACACCCAAAUCCCGUUGAACGUGAAUGACGUUGACCUGUACCCCUCCAUGACCGAAUUCCCCAAGGAACGCACCGGAUGUACCGAGAUGACUUUCUGCCUGGUCCGAUACGAGGUUGCCAACGUCUACAGACGCAUCCAAUACGUUCCACCGGGUCCCGUAAGAUGCAACCGCUUCCUUUCGUCAGUGUCGCUGGAGCAGAAGGAGCGCUGGAUUACCGAGGUUCACUCCAAGAUCGAAGAAAAGUAUCUGCGAGAUUGUGACAUGUCGGUCCCGCUCUACUGGGUCAUCGCCACAGUUUCUCGUCUCAUCAUGUCCAAAAUGUGGCUCAUGAUAUAUCACCCGUACCAGCGCCUUGAUGGCGGCGCAUCCCUGCCACAGGAGACCAAAGACAAGCUCUUUGUCACAUCGCUCGAGAACGUUGAGUACAGCAUCCUUUUGGAGACAGAGGAGCGUACCCAGAAAUGGGGAUGGCUCUUUAGGACCUACGUCCAAUGGCAUGCCAUUGCCUUCCUGCUAUCCGAACUCUGCCAUCGGACAGAAGGAGAACUCGUUGCGCGGGCUUGGCGAGCUGUGGAAGCCACGGCAGCGCGGCGAUGGAACGAUCUCAGCAACGAUCAGAGAAAGGGCUGCCUGUGGCGCCCUCUCCGCAAACUCGUCGCACGGGCUCGCUCUGCCCGAGAGACUGAGCUUGCCAAGCAGCAGCAGCAGCAGACUAUGCAGGCCGAGGCAAUAGCCCAACAAAAUUUUCCGGAUGUGUCGGGGCAGACGCUCGGCCUGGACAUGUUGCCACAAAUAACCGCUGCUCAACAGCUCCAACAGCAGCACCAGCACCAGCACCAGCGGCAGUUCCAGGACAUCAGCGGAUCACUCUUCGACAGCAGUUUCGAUUUCUCCACAGGCACAUCCCAGCCGCUCGGCAUGGACUUCACUACAGCUAUGGCAUCUCCUCAGGUCUUCAUGACACCAAGCGGACCGCGAUCGCUGCAAACGCAGAUUGCAGGUGGAGAUCUCGUCUCACCAACCAGUCAACUCCUCGCUGAGACCCGAAGCCCACCACAACCUCACAACUCCCCAUCUCAAGUACACGACUCCAUGACCUCCCUUGAUUGGCUCUUGAAAUCCUCGCCCGAACCUAUUGAUGGGGCCGAUGGCAUCCCAGACCUCAGCAACGGCAACAGCGGUAAUACUUCGUCAAAUUCCAUAUCCAACUCCGGCACCGGGACUGGCAACACACCCAAUGGAGUCCACAAAUUCGGAGGCAUCAACACAUCGAACGCACUCAAUGGAGCUUCGCCGGUCCGAAAUAACAGCGCCAGUACCGUGUCUCCCGGCGUAGGAGAUCCGGAUGGCAUGAACUGGGCCAAUUGGGACGAUUUGGUCGCCCAGUACGGCAUGGACGUUGAUCCAGCCCAAGGGCUUCAGGGAGAUCGCCGCGACACGGAGCAGGUAUUUGUUCCUGUACGAGGAUUUGAAACGUGGUAUUGA